AUGGAUUCUAUGAACCCAAACGGUAGCUCACAGGGGUUUGUGAACCUCUUAACAAGUCAAGAGGAACACACACUCUAUUUUUCGCAGAGUGUAGACCCUGGUUCAUCUCAAGUCCCAAUUUUUUCAACCCAACUCUUCUCUCACCUGAUUCCUGCAGCUGAAGAACGAAAAGAGAGGAGGAAGUGGUCACCUGUAAAAGAUGUUGUACUGAUAAGUGCAUGGCUCAACACCUCCAAAGACCCAAUCAUCAGCAAUGAACAAAAAGUUGGUGCUUUUUGGAAAAGAAUAACAGAAAGUUUCAACAACUCUAAGAAGAUGGCGAAUGAACCGGAUAGAGAGGCUGGUCAGCUCAAACAUAGGUGGCAGCGUAUUAAUGACCACGUUUAUAAGUUUGUAGCUUGUUAUAAAACAGCUUUGAAGCAGCAAAGCAGUGGACAAAAUGAGAACGAUGUGAUGAAGGCAGCUCAUCACAUCUUCUACAAUGAUCACAUGUUCAAGUUCAACCUUGAACAUGCAUGGCGAGAACUCAGACAUGACCAAAAGUGGUGCUCUGUUUCUGCUGCUAAAGAAGGUGGAAAGCCAAAAAGAAGGAAGGUCGAUGCAAGUACAGCUCAUUCUGAAAGCUCACAAACCGAAAGCCUUGAUGUAGAAGAAGUCUUCGAAGGAAGCAAUAAAGAGAAACGGCCACUAGGAGUUAAGGCGGCCAAGGCUGCAAAGAAGAAGGGAGUGGGAUCAUCUUCCAACAAAGAAGAAGAAGUUGAUAUGAAGAAGCUACAAACCAUGUGGGAUCUCAAGGAUAGAGACCUUGCCAUGAAGGAUAAGAUCACUAACAAAAAACUGCUUAACACUCUUCUCCUUAAAGCCGAACCAUUAACUGAGAUAGAAGAAGCAUUGAAGACUAAGUUUAUUAAUGAAUUAUUGAUGUAG